AUGGCGACAUCCGAGGAGCCACCAUCACAAAACUCGCCUCCUGAUAAAAAGGAGACGACUGAUAAGAAGGAGGAGUUAGACCAAAAAAAUGUCGGAUUUUCGACAAGCAAUCACGAUCAUGGCCCUUUUGUUAAGCACAUUCCUGACAAUCAUCUCAACCGCAAUCCCUCGCAUCACCCACGACUUUCACAGUCUGAACGAUGUGGGUUGGUAUGGCUCGGCAUUCUUUCUUACAAUGUCUGUCUUUCAAUCCGUCUGGGGGAAGUUGUACAAGUACCGUCCUUUAAAGUACGCGUUUCUGGCUGCCAUCUUGGUCUUCGAACUGGGAACGCUUGGAUGCGGUAUUCCUUCCAGCUCAUUGAGCAGCUACUUUUGGCAUUCGCUGAUGAUCUUUUCCAGCCGUAUCCAAAAGUAGUCCGGGCUUUAUUGCCGGACGUGCUGUUGCAGGUGCUGGCGGAGCCGGCAUUAUUGGUGGGACAUACGUUAUUUUGGCGUAUAUUGUCGCUCCAGAGAAGGUCCCCGUAUUUUUACGGUCUGACUGGCAUUAUAUUUACGCUCGCCAGUGUGACUGGUCCUCUCAUUGGAGGCGCCUUCACAUCGGACGUUACAUGGAGAUGGUGCUUCUACAUCAACCUACCCAUUGGUGGACUUGCAAUGGUCCUAUUGCUGUUCGCUUUACGGUUACCCCCUUCUGCCCAUCCAGCUCGAGCCUCUUUGCGCGAAGUUUUGCUGCAGCUGGACAUUCCUGGCAGUGUCACAAAAAUCGGUUCACUUAUCUGCUACCUACUUGCUCUCCAACAUGGCGGCAUCACUCAGUCAUGGGGCUCCUCGCAACCGAUCGGCCUCCUUGUCGGCUGGGUCUUGUUGGUGAUAGCUUUCGCUCUUAUUGAGUGGUUCCAAGGAGACCGGGCCCUCGUUGCCCCUCGCCACUUGCGUAGUCAUGGCAUCCGAAUAUGUUGCGCUUUUAUCUUUUUGUAA